AUGGAGGACCGCUUAGUAGAAUCCACGCUAAUAGAUUUUGUCAGUGACAUGAACCUGAUGGAGUUUCCGCAAAAGUGCACUUUGGAACCGAAACGGCAGGAUGAUAAUGAUGACGCAUCUAGCGUGGACAACCAGACACGGCUGAGCGACUCGCCCUGGAGCGACCUGGAAAACGCGGACCUGGAAAACGCGGAGCUCUGCACCGAGCAUCUAGUGAUGGGCGCACCGAGGUACUGCAGCCGUGGGGCGCACGGGCAUCACAGCAAGUCCAAACGUAGGAGGAUCAUCACUGUGGUCCAGCGGCAGGCGGCCAAUGUGCGGGAAAGGAAGCGGAUGUUUAGCCUGAAUGAGGCGUUUGAUGAACUGAGGAGGAAAGUCCCCACAUUCGCCUACGAGAAGAGACUGUCCCGUAUCGACACACUCCGUCUGGCCAUCGUCUACAUCUCCUUCAUGACGGACCUGCUGGAGAACACCUGA